AUGUUGCCUUUUACUCAACGUAUGUUACCACAACAAACUCCGCAACAACAAUAUAAUACUAUUGGAAUACAAGGAAAUGCAAAAAUCUCUUGGGCUGUUACCCCAGAAGAAAAAGCUCAAUAUAAAGAAAUAUUUAAACAAUGGGAUUCUACAGGUUUAGGUUAUUUAACUGGUGAUAAAGCAAGAGAAAUUUUUUUACAAUCUGGUUUACCUCAAACUGAUUUAAUGCAGAUAUGGCAUUUAUCUGAUCCAAAUAAUAAUGGAAAAUUAAAUCAAGAUGAAUUUGCUGUUGCAAUGCAUUUGAUUUAUAGAAAACUUAAUGGUUAUGAAAUUCCUACCACACUUACUGCUGAACUUAUACCACCUUCGACGAGAGAUUUGACAGAAAGUGUGGACAUGCUCAAAAAUUAUCUUGCGUCUGAUAUUCAUAAUCAACAAUUAGGCACUGGUGGUGGUUCCAACAAUUAUUAUUUGAAAUCAAGAAGCUUUACUAAUUUACCAGUAACUAGUCAUAACGAUGCAACAAAUUAUAAACAUAAAGAUGAUGAUAUUGGUUACGUCUCUUCGUCAAGAUAUAAAAUUCCCUCAACAUCACUGUCGUCACGUAAUAACGAUUCUGAAUUUUCCUCUUCAUAUUCAUCUUACUCCUCAUCAUCAUCAUUACCAUCAUAUUCUUCUACUUUCAAACGACCAUCAUCUAUUGGUGAAGAUAGGUUAUCAUCAUCAUCAUCAUCAUCAAAAAGAAUAGCAGAUUUAAAAAAACAAAUUCAAGAUAAAGAAAAUAUAUUAGAUGCUUUAAAAUUUUCAGAAAGUUCAAAUUACAACUCAAAUUCUUUUAAUUCUUUAGCAUUCAACAACAACAAUGAUGAUGAAAUUAAUGAAUUGAAAAUAAAAAUUAAGGAUAUUCAAAAACAAAUUGAUUCUGCGCAAAAAAAUAACAAUGAAAAAAAAUCAAUAAAAUCUUUAUUGGAUCAACACAAUGAUUUAGAAAUUGAACUUCUUAAUAUGUUGUCCACUGUUAUACCAGAUCUUAUUUCUGAUACUCAUGAAAUUUAUACAAAAAUAGCAGAAUUAAAAAUAGAAUUUUUUAAAUUACGUGGGAGUAGUAACGGUGAACUUGACAUUAAAGCAAAAGCUCAAGCGAUGAUACAAGCUCGUCUAGCUGGUAAACCAUAUUCUUUUACUAGUAGCUUCACUGGAGGCAAUGGUGGAAGUGGCGUUAUAGACCCUGGAAGAUUGGAAGAAGAAACGAAUCGAAUAAAAGCAGAAAAGGCUUCUCGUGAUCAAACUAUUAAUGAUAUUGAGAAAACAAUAUCUAAAUUACAAGAUUCUAUUAUCAAAAUUUCACAGGAAAAACAAGAGAUUGAAAACAAAUGUAAACCAAUAAUUAAUAAAUCAUCAUUUAGUCAACCUAACAGUGACAGCAACAUCCUUACAAGUCGAUAUACUUCUUAUAACGCAUCAUCACAUAAACCUAGUUCAUCUAUAUCAUCUUCAGAUAUCGCCAGUGGUGGCAACAGAGAUACAUCAUCACAUAAAUCUAGUUCAUCUAUAUCAUCUUCAGAUACCACCAAUAGUGGCGACAGAGAUGCAUAUAUUAAAGCACAGGCAGAGCGUCGAAUGCAAGAAAGAUUAAAAGAACUUGGUGGACCAUUAGGUCUUGGGGGUAUAUUUGCUGGUGGUAUUCCAAAACUUAAAAGCCGUAGCGGAGGAAUUACAACAGGGCGCUCAAUGACUGAAAGUAGUAUUGAUUCAACAACAUCAUCAGCGUCAUCUGGUUCAACCACAAUUCCUAAUAAUAAUUAUAAUGGUAAUGGUGAUGAUGACAAUAAUAGUGGUAAUAUUUCACCAAAACCUAGAAGUUUGGGAAAAUCAGAGCGUAGAAUUUCUGCUGAAUGGUUUGGUAGUUUAUCUUCUGAUCAACUUGCAGUUGAAACAACUUCUUCACCAAUAUCACCAAUAUCACCAUCAUCAUUUACUACCAUUAAUUCAGCAGCACAACAACCUACCAUUCAAACAUAUAAUACGGGAGAUGAAAAUGUUAUAUCAGGCGAUGAAGUUGAUUACAGUAAAGAAUUCAAGGUUAAAACACUUUAUCCAUACUCAGGUGGCGUUGAAGAUCUUAAAUUUGAUGCCGGUUCUGUAUUCAUUGCACAUCCAUCAAAAAAUGAAAAAAAUGCAGAUUGGUGGUAUGGUGUUGUAGAAGAAACUGGCGCUAAAGGAUGGUUUCCUAAAUCUUAUGUUGAAAUUUAUAAAGAAGAAAAGGAAAUUUCUAAAGCAAAAGUUCUUUAUGAUUAUGAAGCUAGAAACUCAGAUGAACUUAACAUAAAAGUGGGAAAUAUUAUUUCCAUACUUGAUAAGUCAUUAAAUGAUUGGUGGAAAGCCGAAUAUGAAGGCGUAAAAGGAAUUAUACCAUCUAAUUAUGUGGAAGAAAUUCUUAAUAGUAGCG